AUGGCUGUGGCUGUAUUUGCCUUCCAGGAGGAGCGUUUUGUGCUCCUUCUGCAGCUAUUUCUCUAUAUGCAUCUGCCUCACCCAGAGGGCUGGUCUUUCCAGGCAAGAUGCCGCAUCCGGUGCUCAGCAGCAGAGGGACCGAUCCCAAAGAAACAUCUGGCCUUCCUGACAAGAGAGGGAGAGAUCAAAACAGAGGAAGGAAAGCGAAGUGAAGACUUGUUGAGGGAAAUAGACACUGAGAGAAAGAAGGCUGUUGUGGAUUGGAAGCAGAUGCAUGAGAUUCUGGAUGAGCAAAAGCAGCUUGUGCUGGGCUGGCUGGAAGAGAUGAAGGACUAUGUUGUCUACCGACAGAAGGACAUUGUUAGAUUUUCUAGAGAGAGCUGCCACUUCAAGGGACUGGGAAGACAGAAGGGACAGCAGCUCCUGUUGAAUAUAGACAGCUCUGGUUGCAGAGGUGAGAUGUUUGCCUUGAAGCCUCAGACAGAUUUGGUGGAGCUGGAGCAGAGGCUGAGCAUGCUGUCUCAGAAAAGAGUUGUUUUGCAGGAGAUGCUGCAGGGCUUCAAAGAGACUCUCCAUCGGGAACUGAAGAUCAGUGCAGAACGAGGUGAAAAGCCCUGGACUCAAAAUCCACAGGGCCCUGAGGCAAAGAAAGGAAGUAGACAGCCCCUCAGAGCAGGAGAGGGACAAGUGAACGAGAGAGCUGAGAAGCCGCUCGUAGAACAUUCUGAGUGUGAAGAACAGCACGAGAGGCCUAUGGAAACAGAAACAGAGAUCACUCCUCUUCAUCCCAAACCAGAAGACGUUUUGGAGAGCCUGUGUGGAUCAACGAGAGAGGCAGGGAAUGGUCUGAGUAAUGGGGAAGAGGAUAAAUCUUGCCAAGGAAAUGAAAAGAACCUUGAUGGGAAUGUGGUUCAGCAGAGGACUCUGGAAAACAAGAAACAGAAGAUGUGUGCCGAGUGUGGGAAAAGCUUCAGCCAGAGCUCUCGUCUCAUCCGGCACCAGAGAAUCCACACUGGCGAAAAACCGUAUAAGUGUUCGGACUGCGGGAAGAGUUUUUGCCAGCGGUCUGGCCUUAUCGUUCAUCGGCGAACCCACACCGGUGAGAGACCAUACAAAUGCUCACACUGUGAGAAGAGUUUUAGCUUGAACUCCAACCUUAUUGCACAUGAGAGGACCCACACAGGUGAGAAGCCGUUCAAAUGCUCGCACUGCGGGAAAGGCUUCAGCCAGCGGUCGGGCCUCAUUGCACAUGAAGGGACCCACAGGGAAGAGAAGCCAUACAAGUGCUCAGACUGUGGGAAAAGCUUUUGUAGGAGCUCAGAUCUCAUUGUACAUGUGACAACCCACACAGGGGAGAAGCCUUAUAAAUGCUCCCACUGUGGAAAGAGUUUUAGUCGGAGGCCAGACCUCAUUGUUCACGAGAGGACUCACACAGGAGAGAAACCAUAUAAGUGUCCUGAUUGUGGAAAAAGUUUUAGCCAGAGAUCAGGCCUUAUUGCACAUGAACGAACACACAUGGAGGAGAAACCAUACAACUGCAUGAUUUGUGAUAAGAGUUUUAGCCAUAGCUCUCACCUUGCCAUACAUGAGACAACACAUGUGGAAGAGAAGCCUUUCAAGUGCAUGGAUUGUGGGAAAAGCUUUGGUCGGAAGUCAGACCUUGUAGCGCACCAAAGAAACCACACCGGGGAAAAACCAUAUGAAUGCUCAGAUUGUGGGAAAUGCUUCAGCCAGAGACCGAGCUUGAGUGCACAUGAAAGAACCCACAUGGGGGAGAAGUUGUACCCAUGUUUGGAUUGUGGGAAGAGCUUCCGCAACAGCUCCAACCUCAAAUCCCACAGGAGGACUCAUAUCGGGGACAAACCAUACAAAUGUUCGGUCUGUGAGAAAAGUUUCAAAUGGAGCUCCAACCUCAUUGCCCAUGAAAGAACCCACACAGGCGAGAAACCAUACAGAUGCUCAGACUGUGGGAAAAGCUUCAAGUGGAGCUCGGAUCUUAGCAGACACCAGAGAAUCCAUAUGGAGGAGAACUCUUGAAGGGUCUGAAUGUAAAGGACGUGUUUCAGAGUGCUUUCACAGAGUAACUUAGGAAACACAGAUGCAUUUGAGGAGGGGGGAAUUAACUUGUUCAUGUGGGUGCUCCAGUAUGUCAUGUGCAGAAUUG